CUUUGUACAAAUAAUAAUUGCAUAUGUAGCAGGAAAAGAGAAAGUGGAGAGAGAAGGUAAGCAACUAAGCAAUGGAGGUGCAAAUUCUAUUUCCAAGUAGUUUGAUGGUCACUGCAGCAUCUGUUUUUACUCUGAUAUAUGUGGGAAUUCUUGGGGUUUUAGAAAUAGGAGGGAUACACUUGAAAUAUUCCAAGUUCUUCAAUACUGGUUCUUCUGCAGCAGCAUCAAGCAGGAUUAAGGUUCCAAGUAGAGUUGGUAUGUUCCUGCUCUACACACCAGCCUUCCUUGUCGGUCUUGCGUCCUUUUGGCUUUUCCCUGACGGGGACCUUCGAUUUCUUUUCCUCAGAUCUGCUGUUACUAUCCAUUUUUUCAAGAGAGAUUUUGAGGUUGUUUUCGUUCACAAAUACAGUGGAGAGAUGGCUGUUGACUCAAUGAUAAUCAUACUUUUCAGUUAUUUCACAGUCAGUUCAAGCCUGAUUUAUAUACAGGUGCUCACUCAGGGACUCCCACAGCCAUCACUUGAUUUGAAGUACCCUGGAAUUCUGUUGUUUCUAAUAGCAAUAACUGGUAAUUUCUACCAUCAUUACCUUCUCUCCAAACUAAGAGCAAAGGGUGGCAAAGAUUACAAGAUCCCAAAAGGUGGUUUAUUUGGGUUGGUGAUUUGCCCUCAUUAUCUGUUUGAGAUUUUAGGGUUUCUGGGAAUUAGCUUGAUAUCUCAAACAUUGUAUUCAUUUUGUGUCAGUUUAGGGUUAGCUUUGUACUUGAUGGGUAGGAGUUAUGUGACCAGGAGAUGGUACCUCUCUAAGUUUGAUGAUUUUCCUAAAGAGGUCAAAGCCCUCAUUCCAUAUGUUUUCUAGAUAUGGAUGCAUGAAAGCCUGAAUCCUCUUAUUAAACAAACAAAUUGUAACUCAUUUGUUAUUUAUUUAUUUUUUUUGUCAAUAAAGUUGUAAUCUUUUUUCUUUUUCCGAAGCCAAACUUUUAUUGAUGUUUAAGAGUUGAUACAGAAAUGGGCCAGAGAAAACCCCUU